AUGCAGAACGGAAUAGUUCCCAUUGUAGAACCGGAGGUGCUUCCUGAUGGCAAUCAUGAUCUCUACACUGCAAUGCGUGUGACAGAAGAUGUGCUCGCAUUUGUGUACAAAGCACUUGCCGAUCAUCAUGUUUAUUUGGAAGGAACUUUGUUGAAGCCGAACAUGGUGACUGCGGGUCAAUCUCACAGUCAGAAGUAUAGCGUGGAACAGAAUGCAGUCGCUACAGUACAAACAUUACAAAGGACUGUUCCAUGUGCCGUGCCUGGCAUUGUGUUCCUGUCUGGUGGUAUGUCCGAAAUUGAAGCCACACAAAAUCUGAACGCGAUCAAUUGUGUACCAGGUCGAAAACCGUGGGCCUUGACAUUCAGUUUCGGACGAGCUUUGCAAGCUUCUGUGAUUCAAACGUGGGAUGGCAAAAAGACGAAUGUUGUUAGCGCACAACAAGAACUGCUCAAAUUGGCCCAGGCAAACGGUGCUGCAGCUUUGGGCAAAUUCGAGGGCAAUUUGCAAACCGCACUAGGUGGACAAUCCCUGUUUGUGGCCAAUCAUACUUACUAG